AUGGCCUCUGCAUCUCGUCAGUCAAAGGGCCCUAGGAAAGGCCAGCCAGACCCGGCAGCUGCAAGGCGUACUCCAGCAUGGGGGUCAAACGCCCGCGCUUCGCCCACCUUCUCGGCCUCAGGAGCCCCUCCUCGCCAGCAGCCAGCUGCUGCUGCACCUGCACCUGCCCCCGCACCUGCCCCCGCGACCCAAGGCACGUUUACACCACCCGCACAGACCAACGGUGCUCGCACGGACACCUCUCGCGACCGCGUCCUCCAGUCUCUGUCUGGCUUGACUGGCACCACCAUUACUCUCGCAACCAAGGCUGGUCAACGGUAUGAAGGCGUCAUCGGUUCUACCACGACCGAAGGUGCUACCGCUGGUGUCACCCUCAAGGACGUCAAGGAAAUUUCGACCCCUGGCGCCCCCCUUAAGGACAGCGUGUUUAUCGCAUCUACCGACAUCGACACUUGGUCUUCUGGUCCUGCUGAUGCCAAACCUACUAACGGCGAUACUUUCAGAACCGACACCGACAUUAGCCAGAAGAAGGGCCCAGCUCGCGAACGCGAACUCCAGGCUUGGGUACCAAGCUCAGACGCACAUCCCUCUCUCACUGGCCUCGUUGGCGACGACGACACUUUUGGACCUGGCUCGAAUGGCACUUCGUGGGACCAGUUUGUCGCUAACGAAGCCCUCUUUGGUGUCAAAGCCACCUACGACGAAGACGUCUACACGACUAAGAUUGACCGAAGUGCACCGGACUUCAAGGAGCGCGAGCGCAAAGCCCAGAAGCUUGCCAAUGAAAUUCUUGGGACCACUACCAACAACCCGCAUAUCGCUGAGGAGCGUGGGAUUUCUGUCGAUGACAGUGGCGUCAACGAGGAGGAUAAAUACGGUGCCGUCGUUCGUAAACAGGGCGCCUAUGUCCCUCCUGGUGCCCGCAAGCAGGGUCCAGCUUCGGUACUGGCACCAGUUGCCGAGACUGCUUCAAGCACAGGGCCUAAGGCGGACAUCCCCAAAGUCUCUGUCAACGGACCAGACGGAGCUGCUGUCACAGCCCAAGGCGCGUCCAAUUCUUCUUCGAAGGCCCCAUCGCCUGCCCCGGCAGGUGCGGCGCCCAAACCGCCCGCAGAUCCGCUUCCUGCAUUCCGCGACUUCGUCACAAACGAGAAGCAGCGGCUGACGCAGAAACGACAAGCUAUGGUGAAGAACGACAUGGAUAAGCGUAUGGCAGAUCUCGUCAAGUUCAGUCAAAGCUUCAAGCUCAAGAAGCCCAUACCUGAGGAUCUCGUGCCAAUCCUUGCGAAGGAUGAGGACAAGCAGCGUCAGAUCAAGGAGAAAGCUUUGGCGGAUGCAGCCUCCCCUCAGGCGCGGGCCAUCGGCCCAUCCACGCCCGCCAACGCCUCUCGAGGUGUGGCCGUCGUUGGCGCGAAGGUCGCUGCGAAGCCCUCGGCCCAAGCUCAGCCAUCCGCCGCCCUCGCCUCCAGUGCUACCCAGAAGGCUGCUGCCCCCUCGUCAAGCGCCUCGAAAGCAGCCGAGUCGGCGACUCCUUCGACCGGAAAGAAGACGACUAUGGUCAUCCAGGCUAUCCCGCCGUUUAAAGGCCCGAAGAGCAAGACGACAGCUAACACGCCUUCGGCGGGUCCGCCCACUGUGAACACGAACGGGGCGGCGGCGAAUGCGAGUCGGGCGAGUGCGAGCCCCUCCGGUGGUGCUGGACCUGUCUCUCCGAAUACGGCUGCUGCGAAUCGGCUCAAUGUCAAUGCGUCGUCGUUCCGACCGAACCCCAAGGUCGCUGCUUCGCCCAAGGUUGGCCCUGCUAGUGCUUCAAACUCGGCUUCGCCCAAGCCCAAGACAGAUUCUGCCCCCGUUCCACCUAAUCCAUUCUUCGGCACACGUCACAUCAAGAAAAGUACACCAGUACAUGUUAAGGACGAUUUUAAUCCCUUCAAACAUAACAAGGUUGUUGAUGCAUCGCAAGUUUCCGCUAUGUGGCCAUACAGUGGCAAGCGAUACAUGCAGAUGUUCCCUCCUCCUCAACACCAGCCCGCCCAACAACACCCAGCACAUAUGGCGCCACCCGUACCCCCUCCGAUCCCGCCCCCAUCCUACGAAGAGGACUCUGCUGCACAGCAGGCCGCCUCUCGCGGUUAUGUCUACGCGUACCCUCCUUAUGGAUACCCUCCUCACAUGAUGCCAGGUAUGGCUCCGCCAGUCCCGCCGGGCGCAUAUAUGCCCGGUCCCUACAUGCAGCAGAUGCCAUAUCCUCCUGGUAUGCCUCCUCCGAAUGCUAUGUACUCGCCAGCCAUGGGCCAGAUGCCACCGCCACAAGCCUACAUGCCACCUCCUCCCCCAGGCGCCUACCCACCACCACCCAAUGGUGCCGGACCACGACCAUCGAUGCCACCAACACCCAUCCCCGCUCAUGCCCACCCGUACUACCACCAGAGCCCUCAGCGUAUGCCCCCAUCUGAUCAGUACGAUGCAAAAAUGUUUACAACGCCUAUGUAUACAGUGCAGCACGCGUAUCCGAUGAUGAUGCCGCCGCCGCCCAACCUUCCUCAACAUGGGUACGACGGUGGCCCUGCGCCGCCUGUACCAAUGGGAGGACAUGCAUAG